GGGCGGCCAUUUUGCGCCCUUUGCGGUGGGGCAGCGGCGGAGCGGGAGGGGCUCUGCGUGCUCUGCCACCUGUCCACGACGGAGCUGCAGGAGAGGCCGCAAAGGAUGCUGAGCUGCGAUCUGGCAAAUUGAGACAUGACUGAUCGAGAUGAGCCUCAGGCUUCUGGCUCUGAUUACCAUGGUGCCCAAGAUCUGAUACAUGGUCAUGAGGAGCCAUCCAAGGAGUAUGCAUGGCAGACAAAUACAAGAAAGGAGUGUUCACAGUCAAGGCAGAAGAAUGCUGCUCCUGGGGAGUUUUCGAAUCAUCUUAACAGUAUAUGUGAAUCAUCAGCUGCUUCAGCUGAGGUUUUACUUAUCAGCAGCGAUUCAGAAAUUGAUGUCUCUGUUGCUCGUGGCAGUGAGUGCCGUCCUGAGUGCUCCAUUGCACCUUCAAAGCAAAAAAGGAGGUGUCAAUCUUCAAGGCAACAAGCUGAAUCUGUUGCAGAAGUGCCUGACAAUGAAAGCUCGUCAGAUUCUUCUCUGUCUCCCCAAAGUCCAAUGAAAUCAUCAUCAUCGGAAGUUUCCAAGCAGCAGAAGUCAAAACUCAAUUUGAAAGCCAUUUUUGCCUAUCACUUCAGGGGAAAGAAGUUUAAAGCUGCCGCACACCGAAAAUACAAAGCUGGCUCAGGGAAGAAAAGGAAGAAAAAGAAAAAAUGUGAGGGCACAAGGAUGCCCACAGGGAGGCCACCACUGACAGCCUCACCUCAGGAGCAAAAGAGGAGGCUGCUGGACAGAGGUUUUCAGUUCCCUUUUGUGGAAAAACAUUAUGGGGAGAAACAUAUUCCCUUAAAGAUGGUUCUUGGCUAUGAGCAAGCAGCUGCAAAGGGAUAUUUCAAGUACAUUGAAGUGCUUAAAUAUGAAGAACAUCUUAAAAAAGCUUUGAAAGCCCUUCAGGCUGGUGAAGACUUAGAAAAAGAAUGUGUGGUGUUACGGAAACACAAAUACCUAGAUGAUGAAGGCCCCAUUUCUCCUAUUCAGGAGACAAAUGAUGAUGAGGACAGCUUGAAUUCUGAUAAUAAAGAGCAAUAUGAUGCCAGAAUAGUGGAGAACAGCUCUUUCAUUAUAAGCAGCACAAUUCCCAGUAAGAAAAAAUCAAAGCCAGAAACAAAACGUGCAAAAUCAACUGAAGUGAUUGAAAUAGAGGAUGACGAAGACAGUGCUGAGGAGAGCUCCUUGCCUGUGCAAGGUUCACCUCUGUGAACAGCAGAUGGGACAAAUGAGGUGUCAGUGGUUGUUUUUCAUGGCCUGCUUCGUUUAAAGCAUUGGUCUGAAGGCAGUGUUGAGGUAUCCACCGAGCUACCCAGUCACAUCUGGUGUAAUUUUAUAUUGCUUUUGGAGGAUGAAAUACCACUCAGUUUUCUUGCUGCACAAGAUGAGAACACCAAUGCUGCACCACUGGGCAGAUUUAAUUUUUUGGGGAGCAUUUGAUUUAUUAUGGGUGUUUGCUGGCCCACUGAUUCACAAAUCUGUCAGUUCAGUGAAUUUCUGUUCAACAUGGGAGUGAAAGAGGGGCAUUCCUGUGAUGUCUGGAAUGAAGUGGAAGGCCUCUACUUAAGCCAUUCAGGCAGUGUAACAGGACCACAGUCUACCUGCUUCAUAUUGAGUAUAAGAGUACUUAAGUCCUAAUAAAUUACUGAAAUACUGAAGAAUCUUGGCCAUGUUGAUCAGAUGCAACAAUUUACUUUGUUUUAGGAAGUCCACGUGGUAGUCCGGUCUGAACUACCAUCUUGGUAAGUGUGUGUGACUGUUUUUUAACACUUGCCUGUUGCAGGUCAGCUGCCUGUCUUUCACUUGGUAAGCUGGUUGUAGUGCUGUUCUUUUCUUACUGAGAAAAUGCAGUGUUUUAGAAAAUAUGAGUUUAUCUAACCCCAAACUUGAGAAUGGUGUGAGAAAAUUGUUGUGAUGAUUGGCAAAAUGUUCAACUGCUCUGAAGAGAGUGAGUGAGAAUGGCCUUUCUGAACAAAUUACUACAUGAAUGUCCUUUUCAAGUCACUUUAUUUUUACAUGAAAAUGUCUCAGUGAGAAAAGAUCGUGACUGUGACUUUCUUUUAAAAAUAAACAGGAAAUUAAAAGGAGCUGUGAAAUAGCAUAAUAUUCAGACAGUUGCUUCCAAACAGAAACUCUCAGUAAUGCUUGUGGUAGUUAGAACCACUUAAGUACUAAGUGCUGUUGUAGGUUCUGCUGAUUUGUAGGAACAUCAUGCUGGUUUGUAACAUUACUUUGCUUUUUUAGGAGGCAUGUAUUUAGAGGAGAUAACAGAAGAAAUGCAGGAUGCCAUUUCACAGCAAUCUGAAGCUCUGUCUAGGGUGCUUUAGGAUACUGAACACAGUGAACCUCCCUGUAUUAAAAAGAUGAGCUGUGGAAGAUAAAAGCAACCUGUUUUAUAGUGUCUGCUACCAAGUUGCUGCAUGUCAGAGGGAUGAGAAACUCCACCUGACUGCUACCAAAGUGAGUGUGAAGGCUCUGGUGAUACUGCUGAAAGUCUGCUGCAGUGAGCUACACAGCUGUUCCAAAUGGAGAAAGAUCUUACCUAAAGUGUUAAUUGCAGUUAAUUGCAUUAAAAGUAGUGCAUAUUGUGACUUGCCUCUUGCCCUCCUGUGAGAUAUGAAGGUGCCUUUGUGUGAUGUUAGAAAAGACCCAGCUGAGUAUAUUGUGUUGUAAUUUGACUGAAAAUAACUAGAUCGGGUGUUUUCCCUAACUUCCCUGUCACUGAAUUCUCACUGUACUGAAGCCCUGGAUAGGUAUUUAUUCUGUACAGAAUGUUACAGCAUUUAAAUAAAACUGUCUCUGAGCUGCA